AUGAUCAAUUCUCUCUGCGGAAGCAUUGGCCCAAGCAACAGCACUGAAACCUCCUCUUCCUCCAAGCCUCCGCCCCCCACCUCCCCGAAUGAAGCCGUCUCCUCCUCCGAUUUGGAGCCAAGCAGCCUCAGCUUCCCCGCUCCCAAGUUCGAGAUCGACGGCGACAUCGAGAUUCAAUCGCCGGACAACUCCGUAUGGGAUUCCUUGUUUGCUGACCAACUCGACUGCGACUUCAUGAUCUCAUCGCCUGUGCGGAGCUUGCCGUCGCCCCACAACUUGGGUUUCAAUUACUCUAACUAUAACUAUGGGCAAGCAAUGCAAUGUUCGCCGCCUAGGAGCUGCUCUCAAGUUGGGGCUUCGAGCAGUGUUCAUAAAGGGAAAGGGCUUAGCCCACUUCACAAGGUGUUUAGCUCGUCAAGUAAUCAAUAUAUGCAAGCAAUUGAGGGCACUUCUUCGCUUCCUACAAUUGGAGAAUUGUUGGAUGAUUAUGAAGAGCCUGAGGGGUUUGAAACGUUUCAAAACUUGUCUAAGAUUUCAGGUAUUGGAGAAUCAUUGCAAUUCUAUGACAUAUCAACUUCUUCUCUUCCGCCAGUUUUUGAGGACUUGGCUGUGCCAAACGAAUCAUCAACUAUGGACAGGGAAUUCUAUACUCAAAUAGGGUCGAUCACAACUGCCUCUUUGCCACAACAAGAUCAACAACACCAGCCACCGCCACCCCCACCACCGGAGCUGUCGCCUUUGCCGUUGCCACCUCCAAAGCAGCCACAAAAUCAGCUCAACCAUAGCUUGAUGGUGCCUCUUCCUGUUGGGUCUGAGCAGGAACAAGAUAGUGGACUUCAACUGGUGCACCUCCUUCUUGCAUGUGCAGAAGCAGUAGCCAAAGAGGAUUACAUGUUAGCAAGAAGAUACCUUCAUCAUCUCAACAGAGUUGUCACACCAAUUGGCGAUUCCAUGCAAAGAGUUGCUUCUUGUUUCACCGAAGCCCUAAGUGCACGUCUGGCUGCAACUUUCACCACUGCAAAACCCAUUUCUCCAAUCCCUCCAUUUCCCAAAAACUCCCUCGAAAUCCUCAAGAUUUACCAAAUCGUUUACCAAGCUUGCCCUUAUGUAAAGUUCGCUCAUUUCACCGCUAAUCAAGCCAUUUUUGAAGCUUUUGAAGCUGAAGAGCGCGUCCAUGUUAUAGACCUUGAUAUUCUCCAAGGUUAUCAAUGGCCAGCUUUCAUGCAAGCCCUAGCAGCUCGCCCGGGUGGCUCCCCGUUCCUCCGCAUCACCGGAGUUGGCCCGGUCAUAGACGCCGUGCAAGAAACCGGCCGCUGCUUAACCGAGCUCGCUCAUUCUCUAAACGUCCCUUUUGAAUUCCAUGCAAUUGGUGAGCAACUUGAAGCCCUAAAGCCGAAUAUGUUCAACCGCCGUGUCGGAGAGGCUUUAGCGGUCAACGUCGUGAACCGUCUCCACCGUGUCCCAGGGAAGAGCCUCGGGAACUUACUAGCAAUGAUCCGUGAUCAGGCUCCGAACAUCGUAACCCUAGUGGAACAAGAAGCAAGCCAUAAUGGUCCUUACUUCCUAGGGAGGUUCCUAGAAGCCCUACACUACUACUCCGCCAUUUUCGACUCUCUCGACGCAACGUUCCCACAGGAGUCGGCACAGCGGGCAAAGGUGGAGCAGUACAUAUUCGCGCCGGAGAUAAGGAACAUAGUGGCAUGCGAAGGAGCGGAGCGAAUUGAACGACACGAGAGGCUAGGGAAAUGGAGGAAAUUGAUGGAAACAAAGGGGUUCAAAGGGGUGGCAUUGAGUAGCAAUGCAGUGACACAGUCCAAAAUAUUGCUUGGUUUAUAUUCAUGUGAUGGUUACAGGUUGACAGAGGACAAGGGCUGCUUGUUGUUGGGGUGGCAAGAUAGGGCUCUUAUUGCAGCUUCUGCAUGGAGAUGCUGA